GUAUUUUCAAAUAUAAUAUAAUAAUAAUUUUUAAUGAAGUCAAAGGUCAACAAAAGGCGGGGACACUUGUUUCUUCCUCCCCUAAAACAGAACAUAUAAAAACAGUUUAGCUGACCGCCGGAGGAUAAAACCAAGCCACCUAAAUUCCUCGUAACUCUGCUCUUCACAUUCAUACAUUCCGGUCAAGAAAAUAAAUAAACACAUAGAAAUCACCGCUCCAAAAAAAAUUAUUAUUAUUAUUUUAAUCUUCUUGAAUAACCGAUAUAGAGGAAUUUCCUCGGCCCAAGUAAUUCCGCCCUUGAAAACAAGCGCGUCACCGUCAAAAAAUGUUUUCCUCCCCAUCUGAGGAGAUAAUGACAAGUGAUGAUGUCCUCGAACAACAAAUUUUGAAGACAAAGGCCCCUCUUUUAACUUUUUUUUAGGGGCAGAAUGUAUAGUACAAAUUUUGGCUCUUGUUUUUCGUGUAAAUCCAUAUUCCCCCUCUCUCUCUCUCUCUCUCUCUCUCUUCAGGCAAAACGACACCUUCACCAGUUUGCGACAAGAAAUCGCCCUAGCCCUCAACGGUGACUACUCUUUCUAUCUAUCUUUCUCUCUCUAACCCUUCAAUUUGAACCUAACCCUCUCUCUCUCUUUCUCUCUCUCUCUCUCUCUCUCUCUCUCUCUCUCUCUCUCUCUGUUCUGUAAGAAAACUAAGAGAAAAAAUUGAUCUUGCUUGGGGCUUUUACUGGGUUCUUGAUGAAUUGAGAAACCCUGGAAGGAAUUUUGAAUUCUCGGCGUGGUUAAUGAGUUCUUGUUAUUUAGUUUGAUUCUUCGUUUCGGGGUAAAUCGGUAAUUAAUUUGUAGUUGAUUUUCGAAAAAAGGGAGUCUUUUGGGUAUCUGUUUGUGGAAUUUUGUGAAAUGUUUCAAGAAGACGGAUCAUCAUCAAUAACAUCAUCGCCACUCCAAAUGCUCCCCAUGAUGUCACUCUCUCCCGGCAUGACGUCACCGUACCCAUGGCUUAACGAGCUCAAACCCGAAGAGAGGGGGUUAUGCCUGAUCCACCUCCUGGUCACGUGCGCGAACCACGUGGCGUCGGGCAGUCUCGAGAACGCGAACAUCGCCCUCGACCAAAUCUCCCACCUCGCCUCGUCGGAAGGCGACACCAUGCAGAGGAUCGCGUCGUACUUCUCCGAGGCGCUCGCGGACAGAAUCCUAAGAACGUGGCCCGGUGUCUACAAGGCCUUCCACUCCACGAGAAUCCCGGAUUUGGCGGAGGAAACCCUUGUUCGAAAAAUGUUCUUCGAUUUCUUGCUGUUUACUAAAGUGGCCUUUGUGAUUAGCAACCAAGUUAUUGUGGAAGCCAUGGAAGGAGAGAGGAUUGUCCACGUCAUCGAUUUAAACGCGUCCGAACCAGCGCAAUGGUGCGCCCUGAUCCGGGACUUGAGCGCCCGGCCCGAAGGCCCGCCACAUUUACGGAUAACGGGUAUCCAUCAACAGAAGGAGGUUCUAGAAAAUAUGGCUCAUGUGUUGACCGAAGAAGCCGAGAAGUUGGAUUUGCCGUUUCAGUUCAACCCUAUUGUGACCAAAUUGGAGAAUCUUGAUUUCGACAAAUUGCGUGUCAAAACAGGGGAGGCGUUAGCUAUUAGUUCGAUUAUGCAAUUGCACACUCUCUUAGCUCCCGAUAGUUCAAUUAAUAAGUCCCCGUCGACACCGAUGAACAACGGUCUCAGCAUUCAUUUGCAAAGGGUUGCGCAUAUGAAUCAAAGUACGUUGAGGGAGUUGCUAGAGAAGGACGUUUUGGUCAAUGACUACAGCCCGAGUAACGACUCGGCUUCUUCGUCGAAUAUCGAGAGCUUUCUUGGUGCUUUGUGGGGUUUAUCCCCAAAAGUUAUGGUGGUGACGGAGCAAGAUUCGGACCAUAACGGUAAGAAUUUGAUGGAGAGAUUAUCGGAGGCUUUGUACUUUUACGCUGCGUUGUUCGAUUGUCUGGAGUCGGCUCUGCCUAGGGUUUCGGUGGAGAGAUUGAAGAUGGAGAAGAUGCUGUUGGGAGAGGAGAUCAAGAAUAUUAUUGCUUGUGAAGGGGUGGAGAGGAGAGAGAGGCACGAGAAGCUCGAGAAGUGGAGACGGAGGUUCGAGUUGUGUGGUUUUACUAAUGUGCCCUUGAGCUAUUACGGGAUGUUGCAGGCGAAUAGGUUGAUGCAGAGCUGUAGUAAUUCGGGCGACGGGUAUAGGAUUAGGGAGGAGAGUGGCAAUGUCGUGAUUUGUUGGCAAGAUCGGCCGCUUUUUUCGGUGUCGGCUUGGAGAAUUAGGAGGUGAAAAUGUAUCUUGGCUGAUUUGAUUUAUUCACCUUGUAAUUUGUUCAUUCCUCAAUUUUCUCUUCUUGUUUUUUUAGUUUUUGUAGAGGUGGAUUUGAUUCUGUUUGAUGUAAAGAUUUUUUUUUUUUU